CAAUCCCACGCACACCCACGUGAGGGCUAUGAAAAACAGCGAGGCUGUGCGCUGCGAAAAAAAAUCAAAUGCCAACUCAAAACGGAACUCUUGUUGAUGGUCAAGGCAGAAGGGGUAGUAGGCCACGAUCCGGAAGCCGCUACUGCGCAGGUCUUCGAUUGUUUCUCUGCCAUCUCGAGGCUCAACGGUGACAUACCAUUCGACUCUUCGGAGCGUCCCAAGCCGCCCUUCUGGCAGAAAUAUCUACAACUGAUGGAUGAGUUGCAAACAGCGGCUAUGGCGGAGGACGCCUAUUCUGUCUGUUCGAGACUCGCAGACCUGCGAGAUUUGCUUCGAUCCAUAGUAUCCGAGCCUACUGCAUCUGACAUGUCUGGCGAUCGGAUGUUGUUUGCAACCGUCGAGGGCCGCUUGGGUGUGACUUGUGGUCCGAUUCUGCCUGGCGAUGGGAUAUGGGUACUUGCGGGCAUGCCGUAUCCAGUGAUCUUGCGAGAGGCUGGGACCGGGAUGUAUUUUGUCAUUCAGUGCGCAUACGUCAAUGGCAUCAUGCACGGCGAGGCCGUUCCUGUUGCUGAGCCUCCGGUGCUCGUCGAGCUAGCCUAAGUGGCUCUAGCUUUCCGUGUCGGUCGAAUCGACAGAAGACCAGAAUUUGGAGCAUCGAGUCUUUCUAUCGGACAUGGACUAGGGUGGACUAGGUA